UGCGUGAUCUCUCACUGUUCGUAACGCUGUGGUGCUUACAGCAACGUUAUGGCAAUGUCCUCUUCGAGGCGCCCGAGCGAUGCACACCAACGGAUGAGUCCCCACUCCAAAGCCUCGGACAUCCCUGGCUCUCCGAUGAUGACUUUCCAUUACGCAAAUCCGAAAGUCGCAAGUGACGAAGCGAAGGCAGCGGUUCCACGAAGAACGCGGGUCUACCGUGAGUUGGGAGCUGCCGCCUCGUCAUCCGCCGUCCCACUACGAACCAUCAACGAACCGUCUCCUCCAUACCGCGCGUCCUGCGCAGAAAGCGUAGAAAGCUCCCGCAGUUGCGCGUUGCCGCAUCGACCACCUGUCCUGGAACGAGAUUCGACCGUUGCACCUUCUUCUGGGGACAAGCGAAAUCCUCCAGAGAUCAAUGCUCGCCAGUACGGUGCAAUUCGUUUCGGGAUUCUUGUGGCGUUCCUGCUGCCCUUCUACGAUGUUAUCAUCCACCACUUUGCCCCAGACGUUGACCACUGGUGUGCACGACCGUCCUUUAUCAAAGACAAGACAACUGAUAAAUGGAAAGAGUACCACCUGCCUAAGGACGAAACGGGGAACUAUAGCAAAUGUGAAAUAUACAAGGGCGAUACGUCAAAGGAGAAAGUAAAAGUGCCGUGCAACGAGUGGGAAUAUUCCCCAGAGUAUGGAAUGACGAUAGUACGAGAGUGGGAUCUCGUUUGCAACAGGACCUGGUUGGUCCCUGUCGCGUCCUCCAUGUUUUUCAUUGGUUCCGUGUGUUUUCUGCCGCUCACGGGACACGUCGCAGACUGGCAUGGCAGGAGGACAGUGAUUCGCUGGGCUACCGUUUCCAUGCAGAUCAUCAGCAUAGCCAUCCUUUUUUCGCAUUCCUUUUACCUCUUCCUGGUGCUGAGGUUUUUCCUUGGUGCUGUGGCGUCCACCCUGUUUGUCACUACCAUCGUUUUAUUGAUCGAGACGCUUAGCCCAAAUCAGCGAUCUACGUACGGCGUAGCUGUGCAUCUCGGAUACGCAGCAGGCAAUCUCCUGGUCGCUGUUCUUGCCCUGUUUCGUCUCAGCUGGCGUAUCAUUCAGUUUGUUGCUGUGGGCUAUACUUCACUACUUUUACUUUGUUGCAUAGGUGUCAUGGAAUCUCCGGAGUGGCAGGUAGCCAGUACUCAGGAGCCAACUUUGGACAAUCCUCAGUUGAAGAUCUGGGGUUAUGUGGUGCUCAACACCGUUCGCCCUUCAGGUGCAAGCAUUCAUAUGAUACAGGAGAACGGAAGGAAAGUGGCAUCCUUAAUUCUCUGCUGGGUGGCAAUGUCCCUUACGUACCAAACAGGAGUUGAGGUCGUCAUACAAUCGGAAUUUAUCUAUUUGCUGCUAGCACUACUACGUGUUCCCGCCGACUGUGUAGCCGUCCUGAUCGCCGCUCGCUAUGACCGGCAUUGGGGCCUCACUUGUGGAUUUCUUGUCGUCGCCUUUUCCUGCAUUGUAGCGUGCCUAUGUGUGCAAGAGGUGGUGCUGUUCAACAUAGCAGCGGUCUCCUUGAACUUCUCCUGCGUCGUUGCCGUUGCGCUACUGUGGCUCUCUACAUCGGAAUACUAUCCUACUGUCAUUCGAUGCACAGGCGUUGCCACGUGCUCAGCGAUUGGACAACUUUUUUCCCUCGGAGCACCGGCUUUUUUGCGUUUGGGGAAGUUAACUGACGACCGUCUGCCCCUCUUAAUCGUGGCCGUUCUCUGCUUAUCUGGAGGGGUACUGGCAUAUAACUUUCCAGAAACCAAACAUGGACCUCUGGUAGGGACAGUACACGAUUUGUCCGAGCUCAUCGCGAAUCCUAUUAAGAGCAAAGCAAGGGAGAGCAUCCAAGAGGACUCAACAUGCGCCACAACUUGGAAGAAAGGAGACAGUUGGCUUACGUGGCUUCUGAGUGGGAAAUAACUGCCGUUACGGCAGAUCCCGUCCCCGCAGUUAUGCCUAUUGUCUGAUAUGUGAUGUGCAACAUAUUAUGCGCUACACACCUGGACUAGUCAUCCAGACUGCUACAGACUGUGGCGCAUGAAGUUCAUCCGAGCUGCAAGGAAUAAAUGUUCUUUGUUGUUGUGU